AUUGGGAUGGUGCUUCAGUCCUUCUAGUGUGACAUCACGCUUGGCGACCAAUAGGAGCAGUAGGCUGUCUCAAAGGUACUGUGUAUUUUUGAAGCUCGGCGUGCUUUUGUGUCUCCUAAAUAUGAACAAUUGCAACUAGUCAAAAUCAAGGCAACAUACGAACUGUGUGCACGUUAUGUAAUAGCAGCUGGUUUGUAUUAAAAUUUUCUUUAAAGCUGCAUUUCAGUAUUUAUAUAGGUGAUAAAUCUCGCAGCUAUCAUAUUUAAAUCAAGUUUGUUAACCCCAAUGCAACAUUUCAUGGCACAUAUGGGUAUCCACACAACAAAGUAUCUUCAUGUAUGUGUCAUGUGUAAUAAGUCAUAUACAAAAAAGGGAGAUUUAAAUAGGCAUAUGACUAUCCACACAGGAGAGAAACCUCAUAUGUGUGAUGUGUGUAAAAAGUCAUUCCCACGAAAGUCUCAUUUGCUGAAGCAUAUGCUUGUUCAUACUGGAGAAAAGCCUCAUAGAUGUAAUACAUGUGAGAAGUCAUUUGCACAUAAGCAUCACUUAGUGGUACACACGCGUGUCCAUACGGGAGAAAAACCUCACGUAUGCGAAAUAUGUAGCAAGUCAUUUGGGCGAAAGUCGCAUUUAUUGAAGCAUUUGCGUAUUCACACGGGAGAGAAGCCUUAUACUUGUGAUAUAUGUAACAAAUCAUUUGCAGAAAACCAUUCAUUAGUGAUGCAUAUGCGUAUCCAUACAGGAGAGAGACCUCAUGCAUGUCAUAUGUGUGAUAAGUCAUUUAUAUGUAGGAGUGAUUUACGACGGCAUAUAUUUCACCAUACAGGAGAGAGACCACAUAUGUGUGUCAUAUGUAUCAAGUCAUUCAGACUGAAGAGUCAUUUACGUGAGCAUGUACUUACUCACACUGGACAGAAACCUCAUGUGUGUAAUACAUGUGGUAAGUCCUUCACACGAAAAUCAUAUUUAGCUAAGCAUACUCAAACACACACAGGAGAGAAACUCUGUGAACCACAUUUAGUGGGACAUGUGCUUAUCCAUAAUAAGGAAAGUAAUCUAAUGUGUUAAGAUAUGUGUUUCAUGCAACAAUAUAGGUUUGUAGUUGACAUAACAGGCAUAAGUAUCCACAAGGGAAAGAUAGCUAAUGUGCAUGCUGUUAACAUAAGAAAAGGAUUUCAUAUUCCAUAUGUGGCAGAAUUUAUAGUGUAUAACAAGGCAUUUAUGCAAAAUUGACAUAUACAAAAGGAUUUUUAUACUCAUGCUGUAGAAGAUAUUUAUGUGUGUUAUAUGUGUAAUUAGUUAUUUACAUGAAUGUGUAAUUUAUGAUUUCAAACCUCUAAAAAGAAGAGCAACUUGUUCCUUAAAUGUUUAUGGAGCCAUUUAUGGAGAAAACUUAUCAGUAUGUCAAUAAGUGUUUAUGUGAAUGAUUUAUAUAAAAUGUAGCGUCAAAGAAGCAUGCUCUGGAAAAGCAUGCAUAUAAUCAGACACAUUAAGAUUUCAGCCUUAUGACUUGUUAUUUAGUCCCGUGACCUGUUAUUUACUUAAGACCUGUCAUUUAGUAAAUUUUCUGAUGCAAAUGCAGGUAUGUCAAAUAUAAUGUAUUUUGUGUGAAAAGCAUCUAUGCUAAAUUCCUAAUUGGAAUGUGAUUCUUCAUUCAUAUUAUCUGAAGUAGUGAAAUAUCAUAUGUAAUGGACAUUAAAUAAACAGGGGGAAUAGACUAGCUA